AUGGCACUCGCAUCUGCUGCGGCUGCCGUCCUUGGCGGAAUGUAUCUUGAUGCAAAAUAUGCUAUUCGAAAUGACUUGACCCAUUUUCGUGCAGUGGGAACCGCCAUUAUUAAUCAUUUAAGAGUGGAGCGCCAAGAUAAAAUCCAUUUAUACUACCACUUUAGAGAUAAAGCCAAAUCAAUGCCAAAUCGCGUGUUUUUAAUCUUUGAAGGUCGUGCUUACACUUACCGACAGUUGGAACUUUCCUCUAAUCGCCUGGCGCACUGGCUUUUGUCACAGAACGUCAAGCCUAAAGAUAUUAUUUGUAUGAUGGAGCAAAACCAUCCAACAUUCUAUAUUGCCUUGUGGGCUAUAAUGAAGAUUGGUGCUAUUCCAUCACUUAUCAACACAAACCUGCAAGAGGAUCCGUUGCUGCAUUGCUUGACUAUCGCUGAUACCCGAAUCUUUUUAUUUGAUCCCAUGUACGAAUCUCAGGUGGCCACAAUCGCGGAAGCAGCACGUGCUGCAGGUGUCUCACUUUAUGCCUACGGUGAAGCAACUGAGUUCGAUAGCAGCACCACUUCCUCUCUUGGUCCAGCAUUGACCCCCGAGGCACUUGCACCUUACCCAGAUAUCGAUACAGAUGAAGCCCUAAUUAAGGGUGUCGGUGUGUCUGACGCUGCAUGGCUGAUAUACACUAGUGGUACUACCGGCUUACCCAAGGCAGCAGUGGUGCAGCAUGCGCGAUUGAAUGGUGUCAUCUUUGGUAGCACCGUUCUCUCCGGUAUUACAAAAGACGACGUAUCUUAUUGCUGUCUCCCGCUUUACCAUAGCUCAGCAUGCGCCACGCUUGUUGUUGCUCGAAAGUUCUCCGUAACCAAGUUUUGGGAUGACGUCUAUAACAACAACUACAUUGGAGAACUGUGUCGAUACUUGAUGAAUAGGGAUCCACAUCCUCACGAGCGCGACCACAAACUGCAUACCUGCUUCGGAAAUGGCAUGCCACCAGAGAUCUGGAAGCAGUUCCGCGAAAGAUUCAAUGUUCAGAAGAUUUGCGAGUUUUACGGAGCCACUGAAGGCCCUGGUGGUUUAUUUAACUUGAAUGUGAACGAUCACGGUGCAGGUGCUGUUGGCUAUUUUGGUCCGCUUUUACGUGGGUUGCUUCGCUCUGAAGUGAAAAUUAUCAAAAUUGAUCCAAUUUCAGAAGAGCCUAUCCGCGACAAAAAUGGUUUCUGUAUCCAAUGUGCUUACGAUGAUCCAGGAGAGAUGAUAAUUGGCAUGCAAGGACAAGGAGGAAGAGCGCGCUUUGAUGGGUACUACAAGAACAGUAAGGCUACGAGCAAGAAAAUACUUGUAGAUGCUUUGAAAAAGGGGGAUAUUUAUUUCCGUACUGGUGAUCUCCUAAAGAUGAACAGCGAGGGAAUGUAUUACUUCUUGGACCGACUUGGAGAUACGUUCAGAUGGCAUUCCGAGAAUGUAGCGACGACAGAAGUAUCACAAGUUAUUGGCAAGUACCCAGCAGUUGCAGAGACAAACGUUUUUGGCGUCAAAGUACCUAGUCAUGUUGGACGUGCUGGCAUGGUGGCUCUGAUUUUGCGUCCCAACACAACUUUAGACUUCGCUGACUUUUAUCAGUAUCUGUCAAAGCACUUGCCAAAGUACGCUGUGCCAUUGUUUAUCCGCUUUGUACCUUCGAUGAACAUUACCGGUACUUUCAAACAGCAAAAGGUGCUCUUCCGUGAUCAAGGCAUUGACAAAGUACCCGAUGAUCAGCAGCCCAUCUACUGGUUGAAGGGGAAUACCUAUGUUCCUUUUACUGCUGAAGAUUACGCUAAAGUUUCUACUGGAAAAGUCAAAUUGUGA